AUGAUCCAAAGGUCAAAAUCAAUCUUACCGUGGGAAAGCAAGGGGGGAACUUUUAGGCAGGGUAAUAGGCCUGUAAGUUUUCUUAGGGGUCUCUUAGAGAGUCCUCUCUAUGUUAAUUCACUCUAUGCCCCUAGUUCCAUAGCGCCGUCAAAGGACCCCUGGCAAGAGCCACGAGUAGUUCCGGCCAUUCCCUAUAGCGGGGCAGCGGAGCUUCCUUUCCCAUAA